GAAAGUCUGCGCAAGCGCAGUUGAGACCAGUACAGCCGUUGCUAGGAACAAGAGGCAGAUUAAUUGUUGUGUUGUUGUUAGGAGUUAUAACGUGUAUAAUUUUUACCAUAAUAGAUUGCAUUCGAAAUGGCAAACCGAAACCUUAAGCAUGUCAACAUUCAGAACAGUUCUCCAUCUCCGAAGCCUCAAAAUCCGAGUCGCAGCACGGACUCUCCGUCCACAGAGCGCGGGCAGAAGAUGGAGGGAGCGACGCCAUCGCCGAAAAUCACAAGCCCGCAACCAGAAGCAGAAGGCAGCAGCGAGCCUCGGGAAAUGACUUUGGACCUGAAGAGUUUUAGGAAACCGGGAGAGAAAACAUUUACACAGAGGUGCCGACUAUUUGUCGGCAAUCUUCCUACUGACAUUACAGAGGAAGACUUCAGAAAGCUGUUCGCCAAAUAUGGCGAGGCGAAUGAAGUGUUCAUCAACCGAGACAGAGGAUUCGGAUUCAUCCGACUGGAAUCAAGGACAUUAGCGGAGAUUGCCAAAGCAGAGUUGGAUGGAACAGUGCUGCGGAACAGGCCCAUACGCAUUCGGUUUGCCACACAUGGAGCUGCUCUCACAGUUCGAAACCUUUCACCAGUUGUUACCAAUGAGUUGCUGGAGCAGGCAUUUUCACAGUUUGGGCCAGUGGAGAGGGCAGUUGUGGUGGUAGAUGAUCGUGGCAGACCUACAGGUAAAGGAAUUGUGGAGUUUGCCAAUAAGCCUGCUGCACGAAAGGCUCUUGACCGUUGUGCUGAUGGAGCCCUUUUACUUACUACAUCUCCGCGGCCAGUUAUUGUUGAACCAACAGAGCAGUUUGACGAUGAAGAUGGCCUUUCAGAAAAAUUAUUGCAAAAGUCAGCACAGUAUCACAAGGAAAGGGAGCAGCCUCCUCGCUUUGCCCAGCCAGGGACCUUUGAGUUUGAGUACUCAUCACGCUGGAAGGCACUUGAUGAGAUGGAGAAACAGCAGCGGGAGCAGGUGAACAGGAAUAUCCAAGAGGCCAAGGAGAAACUAGAGGCUGAGAUGGAGACUGCAAAACAUGAGCACCAGCUCAUGAUGAUGAGACAAGAUCUCAUGCGCCGUCAAGAAGAGCUACGCCGACUGGAGGAGCUGAGAAACCAGGAGCUGCAUAAGCGCAAACAGAUGGAGAUGAGACAUGAGGAAGAGAGGCGGAGACGUGAGGAGGAAAUGAUGCGCCACAGAGACCAGGAUGAUAUGAGACGUCAGCCUGAAGCUUUUAAACCUGGCUUUAUGGAAAGCAGAGAACAGGAUAUGAGAAUGAGUGAAAUGGGUGCCCGUGGAGCCGUUAAUAUGGGAGGUAUGGUCAUAAGUCUCAGCCCAAGCUCAAACCAAAUGUGUGAUUCUUUUAAUCCUGCCGCUGCUGUUAGCGGUAACCAGGGCCCUGCUCAAAUGAUGGGCAUGGGCAUGUCAGGCCGGGGUGGAGCCAUGGGGCCAGAGGGACCAUCAAAUAUGGGUGCACCCCUCAUACAAGAUAACGGAAAUAUGCGUAACGAAAGAUUUUCUCAGGGAGCACCUGCUCAGAUGGGUUCUUCCAUGGGUAUUCGACCAGGUGUUGAUUCCCCCCAGCAACAACAGUCACCUGUGAUUGGUGGUGCAGGACCUGUGCCUCCUAUGGGUGGUCCAGGUGGAUUUGGUCGAGGAAAUUCUGUUGGGGGAAACUUUGAUGGGCCCAACAACAAGCGCCGUAGAUACUAGGCUUUUAUUUUCUGUCAUGAUAGUGAAUUCUAGUCUUUGAUCCAGAACAUCUAACCUCUUGUUUAUGGAUGAUAUUCAUUUUCAUAUCCUUUUCAGUGGUGCUGCUCUCAGGCAACUGUUAGUGUUUACCUUUGUCCCAAGUAUCUGAGACAUAGCAUGAACCAGUUUUGAAUCGUGAAAUGAAAACAUAGCUCUGUUUUGAGACUGACAUUGCCUUAACUGUGCAUAUGAUGUAGGGAAGUCAGAUUCUUGUCAGAUGGAGCCUCUGAAAGGUUGCAGUGCUUCUGCUCACUCCUUUUGAAUGUUCUUACACUUUGCUUCUUGUUCUAAGGCCAAAGCUGGUAAAAAUUUAAUAAAUCUGUUUAAUGACCAUAUCUUUACUGAGCUAUUAUAUAGGUCCACCUUUGCUAUUAUUUUCAGUUUUCCUGACUAUAUUGGACUUUAUAAUUUGAUAUACUUCUGUGCAGUUAAUUUUUUUUUCUGCUCAAAACCUUCUAUUUGACAAGACACAUUGGAACAAAAAGAGUCAAAUGAGAGCAAUACCUCUUUUGGUUACAUGGCUUCUGUAUAUGCACAGUAAGAGUGGUAAGAUCUGUGUUAAGUGGAAACCAAGAAAUGGAACACAAAGGUCAUUUCAGAUAGCGUUACUUUUCUGUGGAAGCAAAACAAAAAUACCUGUACACCAAUUAUGAACAGUGUCAUGUAUACAGCAUGCUUUAAACAGAAACAUAUGCCCUUUUCCAACCAAGAGGUUCUAAGAAUUUGUUGCAUAUAACAUCUUUAAAUCCCAUGCUAUUAGAUAAGUGUUUUAGUGUAGCUUUUUGGCAAGAGCAUGUUGCUUGGGCCUACCCUAUUUGUACAACAUCUGAUUUACAGUGAUUGUUUUUUGGACUACUACUUUUAGUAUAUGGAUAGUGGUACUAGUGUAUAUCAUGUAGAAUGUGCAUGCCUUUUAGCACUCGUUUUUGUUUUAGUGAAUAUUAUGAAUAUGCCGGGUUGUUUUCCUUUUUCUUAAAUGGCAGUUCUUGAAUAAAAAUACUUAAAACGUUA